AUGAAUCAGUCUGAGCCCUUGCUUGGGAGUUAAAAGCUUAACAACACAGUAGGUGGUGGCACCUCUUUUGAGGCUAAUACCUAUGUGAACUUAAAGAAAACCAAAUGGAGAUUCGUGGUAUUUUACUAUGUACUCUACUCUCUCAACUCAGUCCAGCUUGAAAUUCAAAAAGUGUUUGAGAUCGACUAUGUUAAAUACAAUCUGCUUACAUCUAUUUAUGGCAUUCCAAAUGUAAUCUUGUGCUUUAUAUCAGGGAAUAUUAUUCAUAAAAUUGGUCUAAGAGCUUCAAAUUUUUACGUCGUAUUGAUGAUAUUUAUUGGACACCUAGUUGUAAUAAUUAGUUGCUUCUAUUCAAGCUAUUACCUCUGUCUCUUAGGAAGAUUGAUUGUUGGUUUUUCAGUAAUGGCUCUUAGAAUCGGAGCAGUGAUACCAGAUCUGAUCAUACCUUACGUAUACACUCUGACUAAUAGUCUUGUACAGUCUUAAUUGACUGGUAUUGGCGUUUGUGUAGUAGCCUAAAUUUUUGCUAUUCUUUAUAAUCUCAUUGACAGAUACAAUGAAAAGAAACUGAGAUAAAAGAAAUUAUAGGAGCAGACAUCAAUGGGUUUAACUUAAAUUUUUGAGGAUGAAGAGAAUAUAGACUGGCAUAGCUAUAAACAGCUUGGGAAAAUCUUUUGGGCAUUCAGUUUUCUUGUUAUCCUAAUGUAUGGAACCUUCCAACCGUUCAACUCUAACCUCAACUCUUUAAUCAGAGAAAGAUUCGGCUAUGAUAUCGUUGGAGCUGGCUAAGUUAUUGCAUUUCCUACUUUAUUGAUUGCCUUGGCAAGCCCGGUGUUCGGUAUAAUUUCUGAUAAAUACGGGCACAGAGGAGAUAUUUUGACAUUUGCAACUUUUCUUUUGAUAAUCGUUCAAACCACAAUGGGAACUUUGAGAAAUUGUGAAGCUUGUGUGGAGAUUAUUUAUGCUAUAUUCGUUUAUCAAAUUGCUUACUCGUUCUUUGUAUCUAAUAUAUGGGCUUCCUUGAAACUUAUUACUCCCAAGCAUUUAAGAGGCAUCGCUGUUGGAAUCACUAAUGCCCUCUAGAAUGUGGGAUAUUUUUUCUCAUCAUUGUUGAUUGGAUUAAUUUUAGAUGGAAAUUAAGAUAAGUAAUUAGGAUAUAGAUGGGUCAACUAUUUGAUGGCAAUGAUGAAUUUAACUGGUUUUGUCAUAUUAAUAAGCUGGAAUUGUAAGGAAAGAGAAAAACUUAAUGCUAAAAAGCCCUCUGAUUGA